AUGGCUGCGAGUCGAGCACUUCCAGCGCCUCCACUUCGGGUCCACUUGUGUGGUCUCAUAGCUGUGGCUAUGUUUGUGUUGGUGGUGGUGAUGGGGGACACGGACUUGGGCACCGGUAUGUCUUCGUGUCCCAUCGAGUGUGACUGCAAUGCAUAUACUGUUGACUGUUCCCAUCGCGGGUUAACACAAAUACCUCAACCCAUACCACCCGAAGCGCGCAGACUGUGCACUACUAAUACAAAGAGAGUGAUAGGGAGGGAAAGCAUUCUCAACAACAAUCGCAUCAAAAGGAUUGCCAACUCAGGAAUAUUUAAAAAGUUGUCGAUUCUUCAGGAAUUAGAUCUCCGCAAUAAUGAGAUCACAGACAUAGAGGACGACUCGUUUUCUGGCGCCCAUUCACUCGCAGACCUUUUGAUCACUGAAAACAAGUUGAAUCAAAUCAGACCCGAGAUGUUGGCCGGACUCAAGAACAUUACCAAUGUAGAUUGGGAAGGAAAGGGAAGUUUAAGGGAAAGGGAACCCGACUUUGACCUGUACUACGCGGAGGCCCCGGGUUCAAGUCCCGCGCGCGACCUUUUAGUGCAAUUUGCCAAUAAGAAACGACUGGAGCAAAACAUGAUAACAGAAGUGCCUCCCAAAGCUUUCGCACCUUUCAAACGACUCACCAGAAUAGACAUAUCCAAGAAUAAUAUCACGAGAAUCUCCUCCAAUGCCUUUUCUGGACUUAAAUCUCUCAGUUCUUUAUUUUUAUUUGGAAAUCAAAUCACGGAUCUACCCGAAGGUCUAUUCAAAGGACUCUCAUCUCUACAACUUCUAUCACUUUAUGACAAUAACAUUCAAUCAUUAGCUGAUGGAGUCUUCACACCUCUCACUAGCAUACAGACCCUACAUUUGGGUCGAAACCCCUUCAUAUGCGAUUGCAACCUGAAAUGGUUGGCCGAUUACUUGGAGGUGAGGCCAACUCUGGAGACAUCGGAAGCCAGAUGUGAAGAACCGAAACGAAAUGCUCGCAAAAGGAUCUCUCAGUUGUCGACCGAUAAGUUCAAAUGCAGGGGAAUGGAGGAGUUGAGGACUAAAUACGCUAACCAGUGCUUAGUGGACACCAAAUGUCCCGACAAUUGUGUUUGCGAUGGAACGGUAGUCGACUGCUCCAAACGAGACCUCAAAGACAUUCCCAAUGAUAUCCCGACAUUUGCCACUGAAUUGUGAGUGUUUUCAUUGCUACUUAUUUCUACAAAUUUCAGUUCACGAAGUAUUAGAGA